AUGAAGAUACCACACACUUACCCCCUCAUAACCCUCCUCUCCCUCUCCUCGUCCACCUUGGCCGCCAAAUCAAAAUCAACCGCUACAUUUGACACCGCCUACGACGACCCUUCCCUCUCUCUAUCCACAGUCACUUGCUCCGAUGGCGAGCAUGGCCUGGUCACAAAAAACUUCAAAGUCAUCAGCGACCUACCCACGCGCAACGUCGGCGGUUCGCCCACUGUGAAGGGUUGGAAUGAUCCCAACUGCGGCGCCUGCUACGCAUUGACGUACAACGGUAGUAAACCGGUCCAUGUGUUGGCGAUAGACUCGGCAGUUGGCCAGUUUAAUCUCGCGCCGAGUGUCUUGAAUGAGCUGACUGGUGGUAACGCGGAGGAGUUUGGAAGUGUUGAUGUCGAAUAUGAGUUGGUGAAUGCGAGGGAGUGCGGUAUGCCGGCGAAAUAA